AUGUCUUACGAUCCAUAUUCCAUUGAUGAUACAAUCACAACCGAGGAUUGCUGGACCGUGAUCUCCGCUUUCUUCGAGGAGAAAGGUUUGGUCAGCCAACAGUUAGACUCGUUCGACGAGUUCAUGGAAACUUCCAUUCAAGAUUUGGUCUGGGAAGAACCCCGCUUGAUUUUGGAUCAGCCUGCUCAACACACCAAUGAAAAAGACAAUAUAAACAAGAGAUAUGAAAUUCGUUUUGGGAAAAUUUAUCUGUCCAGACCUACCAUGACAGAGGCUGAUGGUACAACCCAUGCCAUGUUUCCUCAAGAAGCAAGGCUGCGUAACUUGACCUAUUCAUCACCUGUCUAUUUGGACAUGGAGAAGUCUAUGUUCACCAGUAUCGACGACGAAGGUAACCCAAACGCUACCCUGGACUGGCAACAAGUUCAUGAACCUAUAAAAGAUGGUGUCGAAGAAGGUAACAAAGUGCAUAUUGGUAAGGUUCCUAUAAUGUUGCGUUCCAAAUUCUGCUCACUUAGGACUUUGGACGAGGUUGACCUCUACAAAAUGAAAGAAUGUCCUUAUGAUAUGGGAGGUUAUUUUGUCAUCAACGGUUCUGAAAAAGUGCUUAUUGCUCAGGAACGUAGUGCCGCUAACAUCGUUCAAGUAUUCAAGAAAGCAGCUCCUUCACCAAUAUCUCACGUUGCAGAGAUUAGAUCGGCUUUAGAGAAAGGUUCUAGACUUAUUAGUACCAUGCAAAUUAAAUUAUAUGGUAGAGAAGAUAAAGGAACAGGAAGAACCAUCAAAGCUACAUUGCCUUACGUUAAACAAGAUAUACCCAUUGUUAUUGUGUUCAGAGCUCUGGGUGUGGUUCCUGAUGGUGAAAUAUUACAACACAUUUGUUAUGAUGAGAAUGAUUGGCAAAUGUUGGAAAUGCUGAAACCAUGUAUCGAGGAAGGUUUCGUGAUUCAAGACAAAGAAGUUGCAUUGGACUUUAUUGGAAGAAGAGGUAGUGCUGCCUUGGGUAUCAGAAGGGAAAAACGUAUUCAGUAUGCUAAAGACAUUCUUCAAAAAGAACUUCUUCCUCAUAUCACCCAGGAAGAGGGAUUUGAAACCAGAAAAACAUUUUUCUUAGGUUAUAUGGUCAACAGACUUCUUCUGUGUGCCUUAGAAAGAAAGGACCAGGACGAUCGUGACCACUUCGGGAAAAAGAGAUUGGACUUAGCUGGCCCCUUGUUGGCCAAUUUAUUCAGAAUUCUUUUUAGAAAACUUACGAGAGAGAUAUACCGGUACAUGCAAAGAUGUAUCGAAACAGACCGAGACUUCAACUUGAACUUGGCUGUCAAAUCAACUACUAUUACCUCCGGUCUUAAGUACUCGUUGGCUACAGGUAAUUGGGGAGAACAAAAGAAAGCUAUGAGCUCGAGAGCUGGUGUCUCUCAAGUUUUGAAUCGUUAUACUUACUCUUCUACUCUGUCCCAUUUGCGAAGAACCAAUACACCUAUCGGCAGAGAUGGUAAAUUGGCAAAGCCUCGUCAACUGCACAACACACAUUGGGGUUUGGUAUGUCCUGCUGAGACACCAGAAGGACAAGCCUGUGGUUUGGUCAAGAACCUAUCUUUGUUAUCUGGUAUUUCCAUUGGUUCUCCAUCUGAGCCUAUUAUCAACUUUUUAGAAGAAUGGGGUAUGGAGCCAUUAGAAGACUAUGAUCCCGCCCAACAUACCAAAUCUACAAGAAUCUUUGUUAACGGUGUCUGGACAGGUAUUCACAGAGACCCAUCCAUGUUGGUUUCAACAAUGAGAGAUUUGCGUAGAAGUGGUGCUAUUUCUCCUGAGGUGUCAAUUAUUAGAGAUAUUAGAGAAAGAGAGUUCAAAAUUUUUACUGAUGUUGGUAGAGUUUACAGACCCUUAUUUAUAGUUGAAGAUGAUGAGUCUAAAGACAACAAAGGUGAACUGAGAAUUACCAAAGAACAUAUCCGAAAAAUUCAACAAGGAUAUGACGACGAUGCAAUGAAUGAUGACAGUGAAGAGCAGGAACAGGAUGUUUACGGAUGGAGUUCUCUGGUCACAUCGGGUGUCAUCGAGUAUGUUGAUGGUGAGGAAGAAGAAACCAUCAUGAUUGCAAUGACUCCAGAAGAUUUGCAGACCCGUUCAUUGGAACAAAAAGAAAUCGAUCUUAACGAUACGGCAAAGAGAAUCAAACCUGAGAUGAGUACCAGUAGUCAUCAUACAUUCACCCACUGUGAAAUUCAUCCUUCGAUGAUCUUAGGUGUGGCCGCUUCUAUCAUUCCAUUCCCCGAUCAUAAUCAAUCUCCACGUAACACAUAUCAAUCUGCGAUGGGUAAGCAAGCUAUGGGUGUAUUCUUAACGAACUAUAAUGUUCGUAUGGAUACGAUGGCUAAUAUUCUGUACUACCCUCAAAAACCUCUUGCAAAAACUCAGGCCAUGGAAUACCUAAAAUUCAGGGAGCUACCGGCCGGACAAAAUGCGAUUGUGGCUAUUGCUUGUUAUUCUGGAUAUAACCAGGAAGAUUCCAUGAUUAUGAAUCAAUCCUCAAUUGACAGAGGAUUAUUCAGAUCUUUGUUUUUUAGAUCCUAUAUGGAUCAAGAAAAGAGAUUUGGUAUUUCUAUUGUCGAGGAGUUUGAGAAACCAACGAGGGCAACAACUCUAAGACUCAAACACGGUACCUAUGAGAAACUGGAUGAAGAUGGUUUGAUUGCCCCAGGUGUAAGAGUGUCAGGUGAUGAUAUCAUUAUUGGAAAGACCACGCCUAUUCCACCUGACACGGAAGAACUUGGUCAGAGGACGAAGUACCACACCAAGCGUGACGCCUCUACUCCGCUGAGAAGUACCGAGAAUGGUAUCGUUGACCAAGUUUUACUUACAACCAACCAAGAAGGUCUAAAGUUUGUGAAAGUUAGAAUGAGAACCACAAAGGUUCCACAAAUUGGUGAUAAGUUUGCCUCCCGUCACGGUCAGAAGGGUACCAUUGGUGUUACUUAUAGGCACGAAGAUAUGCCAUUCAGUGCAGAGGGUAUCGUUCCCGAUUUGAUUAUUAACCCACAUGCUAUUCCUUCUCGUAUGACGGUUGCGCACUUAAUUGAGUGUUUGCUGAGUAAGGUUGGUUCUAUUAGAGGUUAUGAAGGUGACGCUACACCAUUUACAGAUUUAACAGUGGAUGCGGUUUCCAACCUUCUGAGGGAUAAUGGGUAUCAAUCUAGAGGAUUUGAAGUAAUGUACAAUGGACACACUGGUAAAAAAUUAAUGGCCCAGGUAUUCUUUGGACCAACAUAUUACCAGAGACUGAGACAUAUGGUGGAUGAUAAGAUUCAUGCCAGAGCCAGAGGACCUGUACAAGUCUUGACCAGACAACCUGUAGAAGGUAGAUCCCGUGAUGGUGGUCUUCGUUUCGGAGAGAUGGAAAGAGACUGUAUGAUUGCUCACGGUGCCGCUGGUUUCUUGAAGGAAAGAUUAAUGGAAGCAUCUGAUGCUUUCCGAGUACAUGUGUGUGGAAUUUGUGGUUUGAUGUCAGUGAUUGCCAACCUAAAGAAAAACCAGUUUGAGUGUCGAUCAUGUAAGAACAAGACGAACAUCUACCAAUUACACAUUCCAUAUGCUGCAAAGCUUUUAUUCCAGGAACUGAUGGCUAUGAACAUUGCUCCGAGGUUGUAUACCGAGAGAUCUGGGGUUAGCAUGCGAUCUUGA